GAGGAGGAUUUCCAGCGCCCCUCGAGCCGGGAGGAGGCGCAGCAGCUGCUGGAGCUGGAGCGGCUGCGGGUGGAGCAGGCCAUGGAGCGCCAGCAGAGGGAGAUGCUGGAGGAUCAGCGCUGGCUACAGAAGGAGGUCCAGAGCCUGGAUCCCAAGGUGUUCCUGAACAACAACGUUCCCCCGCUCCUCCCGGAGAAGGAGACGGAUUACACGCAAUUCACGGGGCCUCCCCAGAAGCCGCCGAGACUUGGGGCGCAGUCCCAGCUGCAUCCGGCGCCCACGGCGCGGCUGGACCGCUCGGCGGACGCGGUGUACGGCAGCGUCACGGAGCUGGUGCGCGCCGUGCUGCGCCUCAAGGACGACAUCGGCCGCCUGCCGCCCCACGGCUACAUCCUGGCCGUCAAGAACAUCGGGCUGUGCCUGCGGAAUUUGAUCGGCAGCGUCGACGCCGUCCUGCCCCAGCUCCCGGCCUCCGCCCGCACCGAGAUCGAGGGCACGCAGCGGGUGCUGAACGCGGAGCUGGCGGCGUUGAUCGGGAAGGUGCGGCUGGCGCAGCAGAGCCUGGGCCCCGCGCUGGCGGCCGAGUUCCGCCGGCAGAUGCUGACGGCCUCGCACGCCCUGGCCAUGGACGCCAAGAACCUCCUGGACGCCGUGGACCAGGCCAAGCUCCAGGCCCGCCUGGCCAACCCCGCCCCCGAGUGACCCAAGCGGCCACGGAAACUUCCGGAAAACCGGACAGGGGGAAAUGGCGGAUUUGGGGGUUUGCUUUUGGUGUUUCCUCU